CACACAAGGCAAAGGUAAGGGAGGUAGAUAAGCAGCGUUGGCGGGGCAUAUAUACCUAGAGGUAGGUAGUAUAUAGAUGUAUUUACUCCCUCGAGAUUCCCUCAAGGUGAAAAAAGCCCAUCCAACAAACCCGCACUGCUUAAUCAACACAGCACACGUUAAGCAAAUAUGGAGACAAUGACACCACGCAUCAUUGAACUUGUCAGAAUUCUUAGUGAUUCUGUCACCGAGGUCCAGGCGGCGCUCUCUAAGAAGAAUCAUCCUUCGCCGUCUUUCGAUGAGGACACCCCGGCCUCCAUACCGCCCGAUUUGUCUGAUCUACAGGACAAGAUCCUCGACGCUUCGGCUGAACUUCAUGACCUCUUCUUACAGCCGAUUAAUUUGAUCUACAAGUAUGGGAGUCACAACAAUACGGUCUGUCUCCAAGCUAUCAGUCGUUUUGACAUUGCAAAUCUGGUCCCCGCGAGAGGUCAGAUAUCAUUCGACGAUAUUGCGAAGACGACCGGUCUAGGCCCGGUCAUGACGCGCCGGAUGUUGCGAUAUGCCAUGACUAUGCGUGUGUUUCAAGAGCCUGAGCCGGACAUGGUAGCUCAUACCAAGGCCUCCAAGGCUCUUACGGACAUCGAUGCCAGCAACUGGCUCAAGGGCGGGUGCGAAGAGAUGUGGCCUACCGCUCUCAAAAUAGUUAAUACAGUCACUAAAUGGCCCGAUUCUCAAAGUCCCAAACAAUUGGCCCUCGCUCUAGCUAACAACGGGGGUGGCGGGUUCUACGACAUCAUUGCCAACGAUGUCGCACGUGCAGUGCGCUUCUCAGGUACAAUGAAGACAUUCGCCAACAGCCCGGCUUACAAUCCAAAAUUCAUUGUUGAGCACUAUGAUUGGGGCUCGCUCGGACCUAACGCACAUAUUGUCGAUAUGGGUGGUGCGCGCGGUCACAUCGCCAUAGCCAUCACGGGCCGGUUUCCAGGUCUGCGCGCGACUGUACAGGAUCUUGGACAUGUGAUCAAGGGUGCCGAAAAGGAAGUGCCCCCUGGGCUUCGCGGCCGCGUCGUCUUCAUGGAGCACAACUUAUUUCAACCGCAGCCCGUCCAAGGCGCGGAUGUUUACUACGUACGUUGGGUACUGCAUAAUUGGUCCGAUGAGAACGCGAUUAACCUCCUCAGAGCGCUUGUGCCUGUUCUUAAGAAAGGAUCUCGUGUCGUGAUAAACGAGACUUGCAUGCCAGAGCCUCGGAAGAUUCCUCUCUGGCGCGAGAGGAAUUUGCGAUCUGCAGAUCUAAACAUGGGUGCCAUUUUCAACGCGCGUGAGCGCACCGUGACCGAGUGGAAGGCCUUAAUCACUGAAGCGGACACGCGCUUUCUGUUGAAACAGGUUAUCCAGCCGAAAGGUUCCGCCUUGGCCAUCAUGGAGGUCCUGUGGGACGGCAACGCAGAAGCAGGCGCGUAAGUCAACGCUAGAAAUAAAGCGCAACGUCUCAGUUCUUCUGCUACCUCUUCUGAGAUUGGCAUUUAAGACUUGCGUUCGGCAACCUACUUCGUGCUUCCUUCUGCUGUAUUGUAUACAAGCAGGAAUAUCCGCGGAGUCUACCAUGAAGAAGGAUGAGGGAGGAUGGAGAAGGCUACAGAGUAACGCAAUUCCGCCAUAGCAACUCAAUUCAUUUAUUCGAGCGAAAGAACGUUACGUCCGGGCACCACAAUUAGGGGUCAUAGAAGGAUAAGGCUGUGUACCGCUGUUAUACAGCUUCGUCGUACCCUUUGUGAACGGCCUAGCAUCAUAUGUCUCAUCAAGCCUUUCCAGUUCGAGGUUGAGCUGCCGUAGUCGUAAAGCAUACCAAAGGAGCUAGUACCACAGGCCUUCGAGGACGAAGACUCCCAAGGUGUCUGGACCGGGCGCCGCUAUGGAAGAGGAAUUGCUGCGCGGAACAAUAGUCGACAGCUCGCGCGCUGACGAGAGUCCCAGGAUGAGCGACAGUUCGGCGGUUAGAAAUAUGGUUCUUUGAGCUAGGAUUACUUGAGUAGAGUACCUGAUUAUGCAUGUCUUUUCAUAAUUUAACUGCAGACCGAAGUUUUUGC